GCCGGUUUGCUGCUAUGACUGUGUACCAUGUGCUGAAGGAGAGAUAAGCAAUACUACAGGUAUAGCACAUUUUAUUCAUGAUAAUGUUGACAAUUUUCUCCUCUCCUGAUUCAAUAUUUGUGGUUAUUUCCAGAUUCAUCUGACUGUUUGCCUUGUCUCAAUGAGUCCUGGCCAAAUGAAGAGAAAAACGUAUGUCUUCCUAAGCCUGUUGAGUUUCUCUCCAUGCAUGAGGUCCUUGGAAUUAUUUUGGCAGCAUUCUCAGUUGUAGGAGCCUGUUUAACCAUUUUUACAGCUAUAGUGUUCUUCCAGCACAGAGCAUCUGCUAUUGUUAGGGCCAACAACUCUGAGCUGAGCUUCCUGCUUCUCUUCUCCUUGACUUUAUGUUUCCUGUGUUCUCUGACUUUCAUUGGUCCACCUUCAGACUGGUCCUGUAUGCUUCGCCACACAGCUUUUGGGAUCACAUUUGUCCUCUGUAUCUCUUGUGUUCUGGGCAAAACUCUGGUUGUGUUAAUGGCCUUCAGAGCUACACUGCCAGGUGAUAAUGUUAUGAAAUGGUUUGGGCCUGUACAGCAGAGAAUGACUGUAGUAACCUUUACAUUUGUUCAAGUUCUGAUAUGUACUUUGUGGUUGAUUUUAAAUCCCCCUUUCUCUAUUAGAAACCUUACCACUUACAAGGAGAAAAUAAUUCUAGAAUGUGCAUUAGGCUCAGCAUUAGGUUUCUGGGCUGUGCUUGGGUACAUCGGGCUCCUUGCUGUUUUUUGUUUUGUUUUAGCUGUUUUAGCCCGAAAACUACCUGACAAUUUUAAUGAAGCUAAGCUAAUAACAUUUAGUAUGCUCAUAUUCUGUGCUGUUUGGAUAACUUUUAUUCCAGCUUAUAUCAGUUCCCCUGGGAAGUUCACUGUAGCUGUGGAGAUCUUUGCUAUUUUGGCCUCUAGCUUUGGAUUGAUUUCAUGUAUUUUCCUUCCUAAGUGCUUUAUAAUUUUAUUCAGACCGGAUCAAAACACAAAAAAACAUUUAAUGGGUAAAAAUAAUUCAAUUGGUUUAUAACUUUUGCAUAACUUUUUAUCCUGUCAAUUGAUGUCUUCACUGUUGCAAUAUAUUCCUCAUUUAGUAUUUGAUUUAUUUGACCAACAAUGAUUAUGAUUUCUAAAUAAAAGAAACACACAGCAUUGAGAUCGCACAUGUGCAUGGCUUAUUACAACAUAGUCACCAAUUUA